GUUGGCGUUAGUGAUGAUCGAGCUCGACUAAAGGCUCACGGAAACGUGCUAAGUGCAGCAAGUCCGUUAUUUUAUAGUGCUCUGAACAAUGACAUGAAAGAAGGGGUGAUAUGAUUGGAAGAAGCAAGAAGAGCUUUGAUGGAGAAAGUGCCUCAAUGUUUAUUUGUACAUCGGUCACGGGGAUAUCAAUGAACACAAUGCAUUUGACUUGAUGGAUAUGGCUGAGUUUUUUUAAUGUUCCAAGUCUGAUGAAGCUUUCAAGUGAGUUUAUUUCUCAAAAACUUUCUUUUUCAAACUGUAUCAAGGCGCACUAUUCAGCCGAAAGUUAUAAUUGUCCCGAUUUGCAGCAAACAGCUAGAGAUUUUACUCUGAAGAAUUUCAUGGAGCUGACAGAUUGCGAUGAAUGGCUGAAUUUAAGUAUGACACAAGUCGAGGAAUGGAUUUCUGAUGGCAACCUUCUUGUGAAAGCAGAGGAAGACGUUUUUCAAGUGGUCGUCAAAUGGAUGGAGAAGAACGAGAGAAUUAACCGUCAAAGUUUCUUCGACCUGUUUCGUCACGUUCGUCUGAUUUAUUUGUCACGCAAUUUUGUUUUCAAUGUCAUUUUGCCACAUCCCCUUGUUAAAGGCUGUGGAACGUGUACACAGUUUGUUCAUGAUGCAAUGAGAGAUCUUUUUUCUGGAACAGAAGAGUGUUAUUUUAACCAGCAGCCUAGAAAAUGUUUGAAAACGUUUGAGGAUGCAAUUGUUGCCACUGGAACUAGAGACAGGUUGUGUUACCUUCCUUCAGAAGACAAGUGGUAUAAGUUGUCAGAUAUGACAUCAGAUCGUUUGAGUUCGCAUCAUUUAAGUGAAUCAAUAUUUUGUUCCAUGACUGCCUGUUGUGAAAAGUUGUACCUCAAUGGCUUCCCAGGGGAGAAUGGUGAUGGUCAAACAGGAUUAAGAUAAGACCCAUCAUCAAACCACUGGGACCAUUUUCCGUCAAUUCCAAGCA